AUGGCGAGCAUAGAAAAUCCUUAUGUUGUUCCGCCAAUGUCAACUCAGGAAGAAGACGCAAUUAUUCACACCCGAAUCACAAACGACGAGAAGGCACUUCGCCGUGUGACCAAGAAAUUUCAUAACUACGCCUCUGUCGCGUACUCAUCUGCAGUCCCGCCAUCGCCUACGGGGGCGUCCUCCGUCGACGAUGCGCGAGAGGCAUUUCUGGUGGAGCUCGCAUCGUUCCAUCUGUCGCUCAAGAAGAGUUUGAUGGUGUGUGAGGCAGAGGCACGACAAGUCGAGGAGUAUCACAGGGAAAAAGAACGAAUAGCAACGGAGCAUGUCCACCUCAAGGACCAAAUUGAGCGCCUCAAGAUAGACCUUGAGCAAGCUCAGCUGGAACGAAGACGGAAGAUUGAAUAUGACGCCGUGGCGGAGAGGGUCAACACUUUACCUAGCAGGGAAGAAUUGAGCCUGUCUAUCGCCGCCUUGGAGAAUGAUAUGGUGGCUAUACGCGCGGAACAUGAGGAUCAGAGUAGAAUUCUUCAAGCACAGAAAGCAGCACUUGACGCGGUCAUAUCCGAACUCAACAUUCUGCGCUUGAUGGGUAAGCAGGAUGCCGCAGAUAUCUCGCCCAGUGCUACCCCUGCUCCCGAAUUGCCAGCGGUUGAGGAAGAUGUCGAGAUGGAUGGCACCGCGAGCGCGCGGACACGGGAAGAGUCUGGAGAGCUAAAAGAGGACAAGGAUUUGGACGAGAAUGACAAGUCUGAGGAAGACAUUCCCCUGGCAAAAGCACGCCUCAAUCCGGGCGCGAGGGCGUUUGUGCCUGGGAAAUCUAACCCGCCGACUCCUGGUGCGCGAUCCACAACUGCGAGAUCGACACCAGUCCCUCCAGCGACGGCGGCAGAAGAGGAUGACAUUGAGAUGGGGGAGGUAGCGGAAGAGCCUAAAGAUCCUAAGUUCAAAAAGAAACCGCGAGAAGAAGAGCUGGAGGAGGGCGAAGCCAGCGACGAGAGCAGUGAGUUAUCCGACCCUCCAGAUGAUUGA